AUGCCCGGCGCCAAUCUCGCCGCCUACCUGGCGAAGAACUACCUGACCGCCUCAAAUGCCAAAGGCUCCUCCUCCUCCCAUGACCGGACCACCUCACCCGACUUCCAAGACUCAGCGCGCCCGAAGAAGAAGCGGCGAAAGAACAAGGACUCGUCCAACUCGGGAGGCGGGCUCGUGAUCGCGGACGACGAUGAAGAGCUGUCUCUUUCACGACGAACAGCGGCCGCAGACGACGACGAUGAGGACACUCCGACGUUCGACACGAACGUCAAGUCGGCCGAGUUUCGAAAAAAGAAAGGCGCCAGCGCGUGGAAGGUCGUGGCCCCGGGCACGGCCACGGGCACUCCGACUACAGGAUCUACGGAAUCACCACGCCAACCAAAAGAGGGCGGCGACGAAGGAGACUCGGCCGCCGCCGCAGAAGCGGACCGCAUCCUCGCCGAGGCGGCUGAAGAAUCGCGCCUCCGCCAACAGGGCAUUGAUGAUGAGGAUGCCCCUGCGAUCGUCGAAGCGCCCGACGACACCACCACCACCACGACGGCACCAGCGCGCAUGCAGUCUGGCGCCAAAGCCGGAUUACAGACUGCCGCGGACACGGCCGCGCUGAUCCGUCGCGAAGAGAUGCAGGCCGAGGCCGAGGCCGCGGCCGAACUCGAGCGGUUGGAGAGGUCGAAACGGAAAUCGAACUCGAACGCGAACGCGAAGAGAUCAAAAUACACGAAAGACACCGCCGCGUCAUCGGAAGGACCAGAGGAGGAGGAAGAAACGAUCUACAGGGACGCCACGGGGCGGCGCAUCGACGUGAGUCUCAAGCGCGCCGAGGCACGCGCCGCGGAGCAGGAAAAGAUGCGCGCGGAGAAGAAGGCCAAGGAGGACGCGAUGGGCGAGGUCCAACGGCGCGAAAGGGACGAGAAGCGGAAACAGCUCGACGAGGCCAAGUUCUUGACCCUGGGGCGCGGCAUCGAUGACGAGGUCAUGAAUGACGAGUUGAGGGGCAAGAUCCGCUGGGAUGAUCCCAUGGCUGAGUAUAUGGCGCAGAAAAGGGCAGACGAGGCGGCGAAGGAGGAUGCGGACGACGGGCCGCACAGAACGGGGUCGGCGCGACGAGGCGCAAAAUCCCGCGGAGCCAGUGCCGUGGGCAGGAAGAAGGUGUAUACCGGCCCGCCUGCCGCGCCGAAUCGGUAUGGUAUCCUGCCUGGCUGGCGCUGGGACGGGGUCGAUCGAAGUAACGGGUUUGAGAAGGAGUGGUUCCAGGCGCGGUCGAAAAAGGGCAGGAUGGAGGAGUUGAGUUAUCAGUGGCAGAUGGAUGAGUGA